AUGGAUGAAAUUGAGCCUGAACUAGAUAAAUUGGUUAUCCGCAUUCAAAGUGUUUGUGUGAAUUCAGCAUCUAUAGAACCUCCAUAUUUCGACACUGAUUGUUCCUGGUCAUUAGAUGAAAGUAACAAUGAUGAUUUAAUUGAAGGAGAAUUAUUUCAGGGAAGAUAUGAUGAUUUUUCGGAGAAUGAUGAAAUGCAAUUAUUGCUCUUUGGAGUGAGAUUAAGAAAUUUAUUUGAAAAUAAUGAAUGA